AUGUCCGUCACCAUCGCGUCAGCCACCUCUACUCUGACUCCCGAGCACGACGUCGUAACUCUAACAUCUUCCCCUCCUCCUCCCCUUCCUCCACCACAGUCAUCACCAUCAUCGUGUCAACUGCACCAGAAGCCAAUAUCAGUCACCCUCACCGGCUCCAGCAUCUUCACCCUCUCCGCCGCCCUCCUCAUCUCAAUCCACUGCCUGGGAUCGGCCCUCACCGAAUGGCUCAUCCUCCUGACCCCUCUCCUCGUGCUCGUCCACAACGACUACGAAAACUUCCUCAGCCUCGGGCCCGGGGGCACAUCGCCCACCUUCUACGGCUACCUGCAGAUAUCGUGGUGGCGUCUCUGGGCUCUCCGUGACCCGUUCACGCCGCCCGCCCACCUCGCCGUCAACCACGCCUCGCCAUCCGGCACCCUGCGCUCACAAAGCCUGCCCUACCGCUCUGGCCCUCGGCCCCGGGUGGUGGGCAUCGCUCCCCAGCGGCAGCUGGACCAGCACGGCGCCCGGAAUAGCUACCACACGCUGCGGAGGGCAAUGGUGAAGCUGGGCAACGGGAGCCCCCUCAAGUUCGGCACCGAGAGGUCGUGCGUGGAGAAACACGGGCUGGCCUUGUUUGCGAAGCACGCGCUGCGGACGAAUUGCCAGGGCGAGAUUGUUCAUGUCCACGACUCGGAUCAUUCCAUGCACAUGUGCUUGCACCCGGAUGACAUUGGGGAGGUGUUGGCCAAGGGGUGGGGGCAGAUGCAUCCGCUUGCGAGAAAGGGCUGGUUUCUGCAGAUGCCGGUGGCGCCGAAUUUUAUCAUGAUUUAUGCUCCGAGGAAUGAACAAGAGUUGCAAAUCGUAUAUAGGAUCAUCGAAGCGGCGAUUUGGUACAUUUCGGAGGAGAAGGCCUCCCUUUCUUAG